AUGGCGCGUACCCCAGACUCGACCGUCCCCGUCAUUCCUCUCGCCCGAGGCACCAUCCUCCUCCCCGGCAUCACCCACCGCGUGCCCGUCUCCGCCUCUCGCCCCGACAUUCCCGCCCUCCUCGCCAACGUCUACACCCGUGCCGCCGCAGCAGGGCCCAACGCCCGCAUCGACGCUGUGCCCAUUGUCUGCGUGCCCGUCGCCUCCCCUUUCGUCGGCCCCAACGGCCAGCUCCUCAUCGACAGCGCCGAGUCCGUCGACGAGUCCCAGAUCAAGCAGAUCAACCCCGGCUCCGCAACAAAGGAUGACCUCUUCAACUAUGGCGUCGCCGCCCGCAUCACCGGCAUCGAAGGCCGCGGCACCGCCGAGUUUGCCUUGCGAGUCGAGGGCGUCGCGCGGGUCCGCGUAGAAAAGGUCACACAGGAGCGCCCCUACUUUGAGGCGACCGUCAGGCACUACCCCGACGUCGUCACGGCCGACGCCCAGCUGCAGGAGCUCUUUGGCCUGAUGAAGCUGCGCUCGCGCGAGCUCGUCCUGACCCUCCGCAUCUCUUCCCUCCUGCCGACGCCGCGCAAUGCCGAGAACCCCGGGCUCUCGCCCCUCAUCAUCCGACGCCUGGAGAUGUUCAUCAUGAAGAAGGAGGUCAAGGACGCCGGUUCGCUGGCCGACUUUAUGACCAACAUUGUCGAGGCGUCGUACGAGCAAAAGCUAGAGGUGCUGGCAGCCCUCGACAUCAAAGUCCGCAUGGCCAAGGUCAUCGAGCUGCUUGAUCGCCAGGUCAGUGGCCUGAAGAACAGCUUCAAAAUCACCGCCUUCACAAAUGUACCCGUCCAGGUGCUCGACAAGCUGCACGACAGGUCACCAAAGAGGCGAGGAGCAGGGCCCGGCGGCAUGCCUGUGCCGCCCAACGGCUUCUUCCCCCCGGGCGCCAAUGGCAUGAUGGGCGGAGACCAGGACGACGAACAGGAGCCCAACGAGCUGGACGAGUUGAAGAAGAAGCUCGAUGCUGCCCGGCUGCCCCCUGAAGCCACAAAGGUUGCCGACCGGGAGCUGCGGCGCCUCAAGAAGAUGAUGCCUGGCAAUCAAGAGUUCCAGGUGACGAGGACGUGGCUAGAGGUGCUCUCUGAGAUUCCCUGGUCCGCGACAACCGACGACCGCCUGGGCCCUGAGACACUGGUUCGGGCGCGGAAGCAGCUCGAUGAUGAUCAUUACGGUCUUGACAAGGUGAAGAAGCGCCUUGUCGAGUAUCUUGCCGUUCUGCGCCUGAAGCAGUCUGUCAACGAUGAAGUCGACGAGCAGAUCCGCAAGGCCGAGGAGGAAUCCGUGGCUCUCAGCACCGGCAAGGAGACGGAGGAGAACAAGCCGGCAAACGACGCUGACCUCGAGGAGAAGGUCAGUAACGCACAUGCGAAGCUGAACGUACUCCGCUCUCGCCGCAUGACCGACAAGUCGCCCAUCAUGCUGCUCGCCGGGCCUCCCGGUGUCGGCAAGACCAGCUUGGCCAAAUCGAUCGCCACGGCGCUUGGCCGCAAAUUCCACCGAAUCUCUCUGGGGGGCGUUAGGGACGAGGCCGAGAUUCGCGGCCAUCGCAGGACUUACGUGGCCGCUAUGCCCGGCUUGAUCGUCCAGGGACUGCGGAAGGUUGGCGUCGCGAACCCCGUGUUCCUGCUCGACGAGAUCGACAAGCUGGGCAUGUCCAACAUGCACGGCGAUCCCUCAGCCGCCAUGCUCGAGGUUCUCGACCCUGAGCAGAACAUAAACUUUACUGACCACUAUGUCGGUAUGCCCAUCGACCUCAGCAAGAUUGUCUUCAUCGCGACUGCCAACAGCCUCGACACGAUCCCAGCCCCGCUGCUCGACCGCAUGGAGACCAUCUACCUACCUGGCUACACGACGCUUGAGAAACGUCAUAUCGCCAUGCAACACCUCGUGCCCAAGCAGAUCCGUGUCAACGGCUUGGCUGAGGAUCAGAUCAACUUCAACAAGGAGGUUGUUUCCAAGAUUAUCGAGUCGUACACGCGCGAGGCAGGAGUCCGUAACCUGGAACGCGAAAUCGGCUCCGUGUGUCGCGCAAAGGCAGUGGACUUUGCCGAAGCCAAGGACGGCGGACAGCUCGAGACAUACCGGGCCCAGCUGACUGUCGACGACAUUGAGACGAUUCUCGGCAUUGAGCGCUUCGAGGAAGAAAUUGCCGAGACGACCAGCCGGCCCGGCAUCGUCACUGGCCUCGUCGCGUACAGCUCUGGGGGCAACGGCAGCAUCCUGUUCAUCGAGGUUGCCGACAUGCCGGGUGACGGCAGGCUGCAGCUUACCGGCAAGCUGGGCGAUGUCCUCAAGGAGAGCGUCGAGGUGGCCCUGUCUUGGGUCAAAGCCCACGCCUUUGAGCUGGGUCUCACGUCGGACCCGACGACCAACAUAAUGAAGGAGCGCAGCAUACAUGUGCACUGUCCCUCGGGCGCCAUUCCCAAGGAUGGUCCCAGCAGCGGCAUCGGGCAGGCGAUUGCCCUCAUUUCGCUUUUCUCCGGCAAGAGUGUGCCACCCACCAUGGCCAUGACGGGCGAGAUAUCUCUGCGCGGCCGAGUCACCGCCGUCGGCGGCAUCAAGGAGAAGCUCAUUGGGGCCCUCCGCGCAGGUGUCAAGACGGUGUUGCUCCCCGCCCAGAACCGCAAGGACGUCAAGGAUCUUCCACAGGAGGUCAAGGACGGGCUCGAGAUUCUCCAUGUCAGUCACAUUUGGGAGGCCGUCCGACUUGUCUGGCCCGAAUCGCAGUGGCCAGGCUUGGAGCACUACGCCGCCAUCGAGAGCCGUCUCUGA